CUCCUCCUCCCGGCUCCGUAGUAAUCAUGGCGGCGGCGGCAUUCGCGGUCCCUCGGGUGAAACAGAAAGCGGGAGCUACGCGGAGAGGGAGCGAAGAGCGGGGCUGAGGCGGCGGCGCCGUCACUGCCGGGAAACACCCCUCCCCAACACCCCCCUCCACAGCAGUCAGCGCAGCGGCGGCCGCAGGAGCCCCGGCCCACAGCCAAGCGAGUGAGAGGACGAGCCGGAGCCUCGCAGGAGAGACGCCCGGGGUGGGGGAUCCGCCUUCCUUCGCUUCGGAGCGGCGGGAUUCGGAGAGUUGGAGGGCUUUCCGGUAUCUUGAUGCCUUAUUGAUAAUGGCAGAACACCCACCUUUGCUAGACACAGCUCAGAUUUUAAGUAGCGACAUCUCUCUUCUGUCUGCCCCUAUUGUAAGUGCAGAUGGAACACAACAGGUUAUUCUGGUACAAGUUAAUCCAGGGGAAGCCUUUACAAUAAGAAGAGAAGAUGGACAGUUUCAGUGCAUUACAGGUCCUGCUCAGGUUCCAAUGAUGUCCCCAAAUGGUUCCGUGCCUCCUAUUUAUGUGCCUCCUGGAUAUGCCCCACAGGUUAUUGAAGACAAUGGUGUUCGGAGAGUCGUUGUGGUUCCGCAAUCACCAGAAUUUCAUCCUGGUGGCCACACAGUUAUCCACCGCUCCCCACAUCCUCCUCUGCCUGGUUUCAUUCCUGUCCCGACCAUGAUGCCCCCUCCACCACGCCAUAUGUACUCACCAGUGACUGGAGCUGGCGACAUGGCAACACAGUAUAUGCCGCAGUAUCAGUCUUCACAAGUAUAUGCAGAUGUAGAUGCCCACUCUACACACGGCAGGUCCAACUUCAGAGAUGAAAGAUCUAGUAAAACAUAUGAACGCUUGCAGAAAAAAUUAAAGGAUCGCCAAGGAACACAGAAAGAUAAAAUGAGCAGCCCCCCACCAUCACCGCAGAAAUGCCCUUCUCCCAUAAGUGAACACAAUGGACUCAUAAAAGGGCAGAACACCAGUGGUGCGAACACAGGAUCUGCAAGAAACAGAUCGGGGCGUGGGAGAGGCUGUACACAAGUUGACCCGGAAAUAGAAGAAAAAGAUGAAGAAACUAAAGCAUUUGAAGCAUUUCUUUCCAACAUUGUCAAACCAGUGGCCUCAGACAUUCAGGCAAGGACUGUCCUGCUCACCUGGUCGCCACCAUCCAGCUUCAUUAACGGCGAAGUGAACGAGACAGCUGUACCAGAGCUCUUUAAUUAUGAAGUCCUGGUGUCCAGCACUGGGAAGGAAGGGAAAUACAGAAGUGUUUAUGUAGGAGAAGAAACAAGUGUCACUUUAAAUGAUCUCAAACCAGCCACAGAUUACCAUGCAAAAGUGCAGGCAGAGUCCAAUUCAAUCAAGGGAAUUCCUUCAGAAGCGGAAAGCUUUACGACCUUAAGCUGUGAGCCUGAUCCCCCCAAUGCACCAAGAAUAGCCAACCGGACCAAAAAUUCACUCACCUUGCAGUGGAAGGCACCUAGUGACAAUGGUUCUAAAAUCCAAAGUUUUAUUUUAGAAUGGGAUGAAGGGAAAGGAAAUGGAGAAUUCUGUCAGUGUUACAUGGGCUCACAGAAGCAAUUUAAAAUUACCAAACUCUCACCAGCAAUGGGUUGUAAAUUUAGAUUAUCAGCCAAAAAUGACUAUGGUCUAAGUGAUUUAAGUGAAGAGGUCCUAUACUACACCUCAGGCUGUGCUCCUUCUGUCCCCGCAAGUCCUGUGUUGACCAAGGCUGGAGUUACUUGGCUGUCCCUACAGUGGACUAAGCCCUCAGGAACACCAUCAGAUGAAGGGAUUGCUUACAUUUUAGAGAUGGAAGAGGAAACAUCAGGCUAUGGCUUUAAGCCGAAAUAUGAUGGAGAAGAUCUUGCUUACACAGUGAAAAAUCUGAGACGAAGUACAAAGUAUAAAUUUAAGGUCAUUGCUUAUAAUUCAGAAGGUAAAAGCAAUCCUAGCGAAGUGGUGGAAUUCAGUACCUGCCCUGAUAAACCAGGAGUACCUGUGAAGCCUUCAGUUAAAGGGAAGAUACACUCGCACGGCUUUAAAAUUACUUGGGAUCCACCAAAAGACAAUGGAGGGGCACCCAUCAAUAAGUACGUGGUGGAGAUGGCAGAAGGUUCUAAUGGAAACAAAUGGGAUAUGAUCUACAGUGGCGCUACCAGGGAACAUCUUUGUGACCGGCUGACUCCAGGCUGCUGUUACCGCCUACGGGUUUACUGCAUUAGUGACGGAGGGCAGAGUGCGGUCUCUGAAUCUUUACUAGUACAGACUCCAGCUGUGCCUCCUGGCCCAUGCCUCCCUCCCAGGUUACAGGGUAGACCCAAAGCAAAAGAAAUACAGUUACGAUGGGGACCUCCUCAGGUUGAUGGUGGAUCACCCAUUUCCUGUUAUGCAGUAGAAAUGACUCCUGCAGAUAAAGAUGAGCCCAGAGACGUUUACCAAGGUUCUGAAGUGGAGUGUACAGUGGGCAGCCUUCUUCCUGGAAAGACGUACAGCUUCAGACUUCGUGCAGCAAACAGAAUAGGGUUUGGACCAUUUUCAGAAAAAUACGAUAUCACUACAGCUCCUGGGCCACCAGACCAAUGCAGACCCCCUCAAGUGACAUGCAGAUCUGCAACUUGUGCACAAGUGAAUUGGGAGAUUCCUUUGAGUAAUGGAACUGACGUCACUGAGUACCGGCUGGAAUGGGGAGGAGUUGAAGGAAGUAUGCAGAUGUGUUACUGUGGGCCUGGCCUCAGUUGUGAAUUAAAAGGACUUUCACCAGCUACUACCUAUUACUGCAGAGUCCAGGCUAUGAGUGUUGUAGGUGCGGGUCCUUUCAGCGAAGUUGUUGCCUGUGUGACUCCACCGUCAGUUCCUGCCAUUGUGACUUGUCUUCAAGAAAUAAGUGAUGAUGAUAUAGAAUACCCCCAUUACUCACCCUCUACCUGCCUUGCAAUUAGCUGGAAAGAGCCUUAUGAUCAUGGCUCAGAAAUCCUUGCCUACAGCAUAGACCUCGGAGAUAAGCAGCCUUUGACAGUGGGAAAGAUGACAAGCUAUAUCAUAGACAGUUUGCAACCAGAUACAACAUACAGAAUACGAAUUCAAGCCUUGAAUAGCCUUGGAGCUGGGCCUUUCAGCCAUACAAUUAAAUUAAAAACUAAGCCCCUUCCUCCUGAUCCACCUCGGCUGGAAUGUGUUGCCUUUAACCACCAGAACCUUAAGCUUAAGUGGGGAGAAGGAACUCCAAAGACGUUAUCCACAGAUGCUGUUCAGUACCACCUUCAGAUGGAAGAUAAGAAUGGAAGGUUUGUCUCCCUGUACAGAGGGCCUUGUCAUACAUACAAAGUACAAAGGCUCAGUGAGUCCACGUCCUACAAGUUCUGCAUUCAAGCUUGUAAUGAAGCUGGGGAAGGUCCUCUCUCCCAAGAGUAUGUUUUCACCACUCCAAAAUCUGUUCCAGCUGCCUUGAAAGCCCCCAAAAUAGAGAAAAUAAAUGAUCACAUUUGUGAAAUUACAUGGGAAUAUUUACAGCCAAUGAAGGGUGACCCAGUUAUUUAUAAUCUUCAAGUUAUGGUGGGAAAAGAUUCAGAAUUCAAACAGAUUUACAAGGGCCCUGAUACUUCAUUCCGGUAUUCCAGCCUUCAGCUGAAUUGUGAGUAUCGAUUUCGAGUGUGUGCCAUUCGCCAAUGCCAAGACCCUACAGGGCAUCAGGACCUGGUAGGUCCCUACAGCACCACAGUGUUCUUCAUCUCCCAGAGGACAGAGCCGCCGGCCAGCAGCAACAAAGACAGCGUGGACAGUGCCCGGACCCGGCGUACUCUAAGUGACGAGCAGUGUGCUGCAGUCAUCCUGGUGGUGUUUGCUUUCUUCUCCAUUCUGAUUGCCUUUAUCAUUCAGUACUUCGUAAUCAAGUGAAAAUAUAACUUUAUUUUUAACACUGUAUUACAUUUUAUUUUGUCAUGUACUAAAAUUAUUUCUGUAUUGCUUUUACAAAAUGGUGGCAUUUAGCACUGGCAUUGAGACUAUCUAUUGAAAUAUGGCUUUGGCAUUUCAGUGCUUCUGUUGUUAGGCAAAGGCUGGCUCUCCAUGGAAAUCCAGCACAGAAACAUCAAUCUGGGGAGGGCUGGGUAUUUUGGUUUUGGGUUGGGACUUUUUUCCCUGCUUCUUUUUUCUCUCUCUCCCCUACACACCUCCCCGAAACCCCAGAUAUGCCUUCUAGUGAAACAAGCUUUCUAAAGGACACUGCUAUGAUCGUGUUGACCAGUCAGCAUAAGUAAAACAGUGGCAACCACGUCUGUGGGUUUUGCAGAUGACUGCCAUGUGAAAGAACAGUUCAGAAUGACUAGAAUUUACACUAACGUUCUCUACGAAACUUGUUCAAGUCUGAUGCUGUGAAAGCAAUCUAGUGCUAUACUUCUACCUCCUCAUUUGUCUUAAUUGUUUGGUAAGUGGGAUUUUGAUGAAUAACUGGAGGGCUUAGCAAACAAAAACUGGAUGAAGGAAUCUGAGUGAAAAAGAAGCUGUUUGUUGAGUGUGGAGUUCUUCCUUACAUAUACAAAUGCAUACACACGAACUCACAAGUGAGACCAAGAAAGCUCAGACCCAGAAAUACGGAUCUUUACUUGAACAGUACCUCUUUUGGGAUUUGAGAACAGAAGACUUUUAAAUAAUAACUAAAUAUGAAGCCCGUUUAGCUUCUGUUUUCUGGGCCUUGAAACUCGUGUGUGUGUGUACACGCAUAUACACACACAUUCACAUUGGGUCUGUGUGCAGACUGUCAGGUAAGGAGAUGUGUCCACACUCAUCACCUGGUCUAGGCUAGCUUUGAAGGACUCCCAGUGGUUCUGCAGCAUCUCCUGUAACUACUGCUGUUGCCGUCAGAAUUUCUAAUCAAACUCAACCUUUUUGUUUGGGGUACCAAAUCUGAAGACAAAAUUAAUUUGCACCAGUAAACUUCAAGCUGCUUUCUUUCUUGAGAAACUAAUGUUUAAUGUAUAAUGUCUGUUUGGAUACUGUUCCAAAUUGUUGAUUGCAUGUGGGUACCGUUGCAUUAGAGCACUUUGCAAAUUGCAUAGUUCAUUGUUUGUGAGCUUGCAUUUGUGAGUUAUUGGAUGAUCAGAUUGAAUUUUGUCAUAUCACAUUGUACAUCUCGCCUCGAUGUCAAUGACUGCCAGUAAUAAUACAGUCUGCAAUGAAUUUAUAUGAAUUUUUUGUUUUAUCACAUGUUAUCUGUAGACAUCUGUAACUAGCUUCUUUAAUUUAUUAUUUGGAUUUUAGAGUAGCGAGUCACUAAUUUUUAGUUGCUGAGGUCUGCAUUUUAGUGAUUACUAAGCACUUCUGUCAAAAAGAAAUGUAUGUUUUGUACUUUGAAGAUCUCUGAAGAAUUUCCCUUAUAAUAGAAUGGGCAUGUAUUGUAAUUGUUUAUGUCAAUGAUCUGCGCUAUAGAAAAAACAUUAACCUUUAUUCAAAAAAGAAACGGAUAAACUUGGCUCCUCCAAGCGUAAGAAAACCCUGUCACUCUAAUAUACUGUUUGUUUACAUUUUAUUUAAUCUCUUAUGAAUAGGGUGAUAACUUGUCCCCCAUACAACUGCGAUUACGAUUGUUUUCUAGAAUUUCUUAAAAGUGCCACAUUUGGCAGUACAAAUGAGUCUGAGUGUAAGAGCCCAGAGAUUUCUAUAUAGUUGAAUGUCUAAAAUGGUAAAAUGUGCCACACAGUGGCUUAUGUUUUUCAUAGUAAUUCAAAUGAACUCCUAUUUUUGAUAGUAAAUGUCAUUUAAUAGUGUACUUGCCAUUUGAGCCUCACUGCAGUGUUAGUGCAGAGGAGAAAACAAUUUUUAAUGUAAUCUUGAUUUUACCUCAUAUACUGUACAUUCCAAAAACUCAACUUUUUAAAGAUUAUAGAUACACUACCAAACAUACCACCUUAAAAUUGUAUAAGGUUGAACUUCAUACAAGUGAAAAAGUAUAAUCUCAUAAGAAUACAUAAACUGUGUAGCAAAAGUAUCUGUAAAAUCCAUGGAAAAUAAAAGUUGUAUCAUUCUUUUUUGA